UUGAGUGUAUCAUGUUUACAGUGACAAACAGAGCAUUCAAAUCAUUUAAACAAAGUUGCAUGUAGUAUUUAGAUUGAGAAGACCGAAAGUAGGAGUUGCGCAGUUGUGACUGCCUGAUUGUUAGCAAAAACUAAGUAAAAUUUGGCACUUUGCUGUACAUAGCAAUAGGCCAUUGUCGACGCUUGUUUGCUAUGUUUGAUGGACAAUAGGAUUUAAUUUACACACAACUCUAGUUUAUAAUCGGAUCUAGGCGUUUAUGUUUACAUAACUUGUUAGUAUUGCUGUGUAUAAGAAUUAGAAAGUGAAAGUAGAAGAAUUUGAUUGUGAAAUAUGAAAAAUGCCGUAUCAAGACAUUCGAAAGUAUUUUGAAAGUCAUGUAAAACUUAUCACCCUUGUUGUAUUUGUUAUUAACGUAUUAACUCUAAUAAUUGUUUUGAUAAUUCUAUGGGCUAUGCCAGAACCAUCAACCCCUGUAGAGAAUUGUGGAUACAUGUGCCUUAAAAUGGAAAUGACUUCAGACUAUAUGAAAUGUGGUUGUAGAGCUGAAAUAUUACAAGAAUACACACACAAGACUUUCGAUGAAAAAUUCAUGACUGUAUCAAAAGAAUACAAAGAUAUGUUCAAGAGUUCUACAGUCAAAGUGUAUGAAGGUUACAUUGGAGAUGUAAAACCUGUAGCCCAUUUGAUUGGUGAAGAAAGAGAUAAGCCAACAAAAGGUAACGCUCAGCAUUCUUAUCAUACAGAUACAAACAACAACAAAAAAAAAUACCCACGGAUAGAAUUGGCCACAAACUAUGAAUUGUAUUGCUUUACUUCAACUAUUUGUUUUCUUCUUCUAAUGUUUGCUAAUUUCAAAAAGAUGUUAUCAUUUUAG